CGCGUGCGAAAAAGGCGAGCAGUGGCAGCGGGCGCUGGCGCUGCUGAACGAGAUGCGGGAGGCGAAGCUGGAGCCCAACGUCAUCUCUCCUAUAAUCGCUGGGGUCAGCGCGUGCGAGAAGGGCGAGCAGUGGCAGUGGGCGCUGACGCUGCUGAGCGACAUGGGGGGGUCGAAGGUGGAGCACGACGCCAUCUCUACAGCGCUGGGAUCAGCGCGUGCGAGAAGGGCCAGCAGUGGCAGCGGGCGCUGGCGCUGCUGAGCGAGAUGCGGGAAGUAAAGCUGGAGUCUGGCGUCAUCAUCUGCUAUAUCGCUGGGAUCAGCGCGUGCGCGAAGGGCGAGCAGUCGCAGUGGGCGAUGGCGCUGCUGAGCGAGAUGUGA